AUGAUAAAUGAUGUACCAGUUUAAGAAAGAAAAAAUUUCACUUUAUCUAGCAAACCUGAUAAUACUGAAGAAACUUACUUUAAGGCUCCUGUAUCUUAAUUUGCUUAAAAUUUACUUUAAAAAAUGGGUUUUUAAGAAGGUUAACCAAUUGGCAAAAAUUCUUAAAAAAGCACAGCAUUAUUAAAACCAAUAGAAUUUUAAUCAAGAGGAGACAGAGAAGGUUUAGGAGUGAAUCCUAUGAAAACAUAUAAAUAUAUUGGAGAGAAGGAGAAAUAAGAAAGUGAAAAAUUUUAAGAUGUAGUUAUUAAAAGUGGAAAAUAUAAAAAAAUGAAAGGAGUUAUAGUUGAUGUUAUUAAAAUAUAAGGAUAAAGUGAUACUUAUUUAAUAGAAUUGAAAAGUAAUGGAGAAAAAAUAAAAAUUGCAGCUGAUUAAGUGGUAGAUGCUAAAUUAUACAAAGAAGAAAAAAGUAGAAGUAGAUCAAAAAGUAAAUCUCAGAAAUAAUUAAAAUGGAUAACAUCAGGCAUUGUAGUUAAGGUUAAGAAUAAGCAUUAUUAGGAUGGUAAAUUCUAUAAUAAAAAUAUUUCAAUAUCAGAUGUUUAAGAUGAAUAUACUUUUAGUGCUUUGGGUUCUCAUGGAGAACUAAUAGAAGAUUUGAAAGAAAAGGAUGUUAAAGUUACACUUCCAAAAAAAGGAGGAAGGGUUUGCAUUAUAAAAGGAGAAUUUAAGGGAGAAUUUGGUUAAUUUGUAGAGAAGAAAGAAAAGAAAAAAGUUUUAGUUAAAUUGGAAAAUGGUAGAUUAUUUGAAUUUGAAAAGAAAUGUGUUUGUAGAUUAAUUUGA